AUUGAAAAAUAACUACCCACGCAAAACAGAGGCAAAGGGCGUUGUGUGUACAAGGUGGGAAUCCUCGAUAUGAAACAGAGGCAAGAAAUGGAAAACAACAAAAACCACCAUAACAACAACGACGAGGAAGAACACAACCCGUAUCUGGGUGUAGCCAUCCACAGCCAAGUGAGAAAGAUCAGGCAGGAAAUGGAGAAGAUCAAGCAGCCUUCGUUGGAUCAGCCCGAGAUCAGACCCGUCCUUCGCGAGAUCACCGGCCACCGCCAGAAGCUGCAGCAGCGGUCGCGCUCGCCUCUGGGAUUGGCUGAGAGACCCAUCUUAGUAGGCAACUCGUAGAUAUCAAUCAUCAGGAACAGUUAAGAGGCUGUGUUUGGAUCGUGUAUUUCUUUUGCUUCUGUUAUGGUUUUCGCUUCAGUUGGUAGAUCUCUGCAAAAGUUCGUGAUCCAAACAGAGUCUGAAUAUGAGAUGGAUUUUCAGUGCCAUGGAAUCCAUUUAGGAUUAUAUAAGUAGGAAUUUUCUGUUUUCUUUGUGUUUUUACUACCUUUGGGUUUCUUUAUCUUUACCUUGUACAUAUUUUGGUGUAGGAUUUUUGGUAAUUUUUGUUUGCUGUCUUCUCGGUUUUGAUGGAU